UUACAGUUAAAAAACGCCACAGCGAUCUUCAUAAUGAAUCUUUCGAUCUCGGAUUUAAUGUUCUGUUGUUUCAAUCUUCCGCUUGCUACAUCUACGUUUUGGCAUAGUUCUUGGCAGCACGGACCAUUUUUGUGUCGAUUGUUUCCUUUGUUGAGAUAUGGCUUGGUUGCAGUAAGCCUCUUCUCAAUAUUGACAAUUACAAUUAAUCGUUACAUUAUUAUUAGUCAUCCUAGACUGUAUCCUAGAAUAUAUAAACCAAAAUAUUUAAUACUAAUGAUUUUGGGUAUAUGGAUCGCUGUUUUUAGUAUUCUCAUCAUUACCUGGUUUGAAAGUUGGGGUCGUUUUGGAUUGGAUGUUGUCAUUGGCUCAUGUUCUAUUCUUCCAGAUAUAAAUGGACAAAGUCCAAAGGAAUUUCUUUUUUUCGUUGCUUUCUUGAUACCUUGCAUUGUAAUUGUUGUUUGUUAUGCAAGGAUAUUUUAUAUUGUUCGCAAAACAGCAUUUAAAAGUAGAAAACGACAUAUACAUGCUAGUGUCGAUCCAAUUGAAAGUAAUCAUGAG